AUGGAGUUAGUACCUCUUUCACAGCCCCGCUGCCCACAUCGCGCCGUCCAGCCGCCGUUCAGACCCGCUCUCAGAGGCGGCUACUUCCCGACUUGGACUCCAGCGGGUUUUUCUGCAGCAGCAGUUGGAGGCGGGUCCACCGCCUCGCGCAGGCGCAGCACCCGCCGCCGCCGCCGCCGCCAACCUUGGCGCCUGCGCAAACGGCGACCGGGUAACCGGGGCGGGCGGGCGGUCGCGCGAGAUCGGGCGCUCGGGAGCCGUUUGGAAAAUGGACGGUCGGGAGGAGUUCUUAGCUCCCACCCCUCCUCCUUACCCGGCAUUAAUUACAAAUCAAGCAGGAUAAUUCCCCUGAAUGGCCGAGUUGUUAGCUCAAUGCUCAACCCAGCAUGGAUGAAGAGUGUGCAAGGAGCCAGCCGGAAUCAAACCCAGGACCACUCAUCUCAAAGUCUAGUGUGGAUACAUCUUCACACACAAAAUUUUACUGACACCGCUACAACGUGUUUUUAUCGCUGGCUGUCCAGACGGAAGGUGCUGAAACGCUUUGUCGCGUGUCUGGAAGAAGUGAAAACUUUCCUGGGCAGCAAAGGGCUCACCUUUCCUGAGCUGGAACAGCCAGAGUGGCUGGAAAAGCUACACUUCAUGGUAGACAUGACAGCGCACCUGAACACGCUGAACACAGCUCUUCAGGGGAAAGGACGUACAGCCCUGCACAUGUUGGAGGAUGUUUUGGCAUUCGAGCGCAAGUUGACAGUGCUUGCCAGAGAUUUACAGAAAGGCACAUUGUCUCACUUCCCCAAUUUGAGAGAGUUCAAACAAGGUCACGACAUGAUAAUUUCGGAGUAUUUACAUUCUGCAAUCAUCGCAAUGCAAACAUCGUUUGGGAAACGCUUCUGUGAGUUCAGAGAGGAAAAAAACACAUUAUCCUUCCCGGUCACUCCCUUAAGCAUCGAUCCUUCCCUACUGAAUACGACUGCAUUGGCAGGUGUGAGUCAACCUGAUCUUGAGAUGGAACUGGCCGACAUAGCCGACAAAGACAUAUGGGUGUCCAAGUUUAGACGCUUGACAGCAGACCUUGAAGAUGUUGCCCGUCAGAAGGCCGUUCUUGCUCAGAAACACAAAUGGAGUGAUAUUGAAAACCUCACAGAUGACAGCUUGCGAUCCUGUGUAAAGAUGAAGGUGACAUCAUACAGCCCUGAUAUGCAGACGCUGUGCGCUGAGGUCCAGGAGCAGAAAUCCCAUUAACCAAGAUGACAGCUGGCUGACGUUAUUUUUGGUUUGCUGCUGGCGGAAAAUUUAAGUUCGGCGUUUUUCAUAAAUACAAGAAGGACUCAAAUAGACAUUGAGUAUUUUACUUAAAAGUAACCUUCAAC